AUGUCAGAUUUCAAUGAAGAAGAUAUGAGCUCGGUUUCGAGCGGACUUGGCGAGGAAGGCCCUCAGGCGGAUGUCGUCUACCCUUUGAACGUCGAAACGGCCGUGCCCGGCUGCCAUGAGGGGCUUUUCAAAACCCUCCUCGUGGAAGGCCAUGGGGCGCGCCCCGUGAGCGGGGCGAAGGUGAUCGUGCACUACGUCGGCCGUCUGGAAUCGGACGGGAGCGUCUUCGAUAGCAGCCGGGAGCGUGGUGAACCCUUUGAGUUCACCCUUGGCAAAGGUCAGGUGAUUAAAGGGUGGGAUAAAGGCGUGGCGACGAUGCGGAUCGGGGAGACGGCGGUGUUAAAAUGCUACGCGGAUUACGCCUAUGGGGCGGCCGGGAGCCCGCCGAAAAUCCCAGGCAACGCGACCUUGUUAUUCGAGGUGGAGCUCCUUGGGUGGACCCGGGAGGAGGAUAUCUCCGAGAAGAAGGAUCGCUCGCUGAUGAAACGCACCCUCACGGAAGGGGUUGAUUACGCGAAUCCGGAGUUCGAGUCGGAGGUGGUGGUGGAUGUGGCGGUUUACUCUGGCGCCUUCAGCCCCGAAAACGAGGACGAGAUGACGGCGGUGUGGGAGAAACAAGAGUGGAGGCUUGUGUUGGGGGAUACGACGUUGCCGCCGUUUUUUGAGGAAUGUCUAAAGAGCAUGCGAAAAGGGGAAUCCGCGAUUUUCCGUAUUGCUUCCGCGCUUGUUCCUCAGGCGCAUCCAGAGUUCGGCAUCCCCGCCGCGGAGGCGCGGGAAAACGCCGACGUCUCCUACGACGUAACGCUGCGGGAGCUGAAAACGAUCCCGACGUGGGGGCUCGCCGCGUCGGAGCGGAUCGCGCAAGGGAGCCUUCGUAUCGACAAAGGAAAUGCGGCUUUUCAGAAAGGGGAUCUCGCCCUCGCGGAGCGAUUUUACCGCCGCGCACAGGAGUUCCUCGGGGACUUCUUCGGCCCCGACGAGGAAGGGGAGGCGGAGUGGCAAAAGACGCGUAUUCGCGCGAUGGGGAAUCUUUCACAGGUGUUAUUGAUGACGGGCAACCACGGCGAGGCGAUCACCAUAUGCAAAAAUAUUAUCAGCAUGAAUCCCUCCGAGAAGAAGGCGCUCUUCCGCAUGGCCAAGGCUCUCAACAUCCGUCAGGACUGGGAUGAGGCCUUGGAAGCGUUGGAUCGAAUUCUUCGCGAGGAUCCCGACAACGCGGACGCCAAGGCGCUUCGGAUGCAGGUUUCGAACGAAAGACGAGCGUACAACCAAAAGCAGAAGUCCUUGUUCAAGAAAAUGUUCAGCUGA